CAGUCGUGUGUGGGUGGGGUUAGCGGUUAGGUGCGGUGGUAGGCCGGUGAAAUGGGCAUCAACGUCCCUUUAUAAAUACCUACACUCCUUAGUGCAAACGCAAAACAUAUUCCCUUCAACCGUAGCCUUUUUGUUCCCUAUCUCCCAGAAUUUUCGCUCUCUUUUAUCCCCUCACUUGUAUGGCAGCCAAUUUCAGGAGUGGUGGAGGGAUCGCCAGCUUGGGGAAGCGCCUUCUUAACCGCACCGCCACGCCCACUCCUUCACCUGCUGCCGCUGCAGCUAUCAGGAGUGCUCACUCAUCGGCAUAUGACAAGAACCUGGAUGAUCAGGUCCAUGCAAGUGCGGUUCCCGAUGAUGUGAUCCAGCUUCAAUCAGACAAGUACUGGGCUCCGAACCCUCAGACCGGGGUGUUUGGCCCUGCUGCCGGGCAGCUUAACGCAUCUGGUGGUGGGGAGCAAGGCAUCCGUUCCGGUGGCGAGAACUCGGUCCUCGAGGAAAAGGCCUGGUUCCGCCCUACGAGUAUCGAGGACCUGGAGAAGCCGCACCAUCAGUAAACUCACUUGUUAUGAGCCGACUGUUAUAUCGUCUAUAUGAGACAAACAAAGGUGUGGUUUUAAAGUGGAUCAAAUAAGUUGGAAAACGUUUCCUUGGUAUUAGGCGGUAGAACAUUAUAGUUGGGGGACUUGUUUACAUGGGAAUUUGCAAAUCUAGUCACUGUGAACUCUGUAACACAACAACUUUUGUUUCUGAUGCUUGCGUGCUAUAUUACUAUAGAACUCUUGGGUUAUUUUGUGUU